ACCUCGGUGCAGUAAGGUGCAAUCUGUACACUCCACAAUGAAUUAUCAUAUUUUCCUAGGAUUCCUCGCCGUUGCUGCGGCUUACCCUGGCAUCAUCCACGAUGAAGCUCCCCAACUCGAAGAAAAGUACGAUCAUGCUUUAAUAGGCGAAUCGGGUCACCAGCAUCAUAUUCAGCAUGAGCACGCCAAGUCCCAUCAGUCGAUCAAAUUCGAACACUUCCAUCCAGUCCCUGUGUAUGUUAAGAAAGAACAUAAGCAUCUGUUGGAGCACCCAUUGGAGAAAGGAAAAUCGGAACAGAAUCUGAAACUCAUCCACCCUGAGACUGAGCAUAAACAUGGUGGUGGUCUCGUUUUGGAAGACCAUAGACUAGAUACAGAACAUCUAGCUGCCAGCCUCGGCCACGGAGGUCUCGAGCAUGGAGGUUAUGAACACGGAGGUUUCGAGCAAGGUAUCGAGCAAGGAGGUCUCGAACAUUACGGUGGUUACGAUGGCGGUGAAGGUUUGAAAGGCUACGCUGAGCUUCAGGCCCCACAAUAUGAAUCUGAGCACGGACAAGCUCUAUCUGGCAAUAGCGAAGGAGGAUACCACUACGGCGGUUAUUAAUAGCAUUAAUUUAAUUAAAACUCCUUUGUGGAGAAAGCUUCAGUAUUCUCUGCAAUCUAAAUGAAUUAAGGAGUAUUUCUUGCCUGUUAACAAAAUAUUCUAUAUUUUUAUUUCUAUUGCUUACAAUCUUAUUUGUAAUAUAAUAACAACAAGUGAUAUCGUUGAUUUUACUAUGGAUAAGGUUUCUGAAGCAGUAGAGAUAUUUAUAUAGAGGCUUUAACUCGUAAGCUUGUUUGUGACUUGUUUGUGCUUUGUUUAAAAUGUACCUGAUAGGCUUAGAAAUUGGUUGUAUCGAAGAUACGCUUUGAAAAUGUUAUUGUCUAAAAGUUGUGACAUAAUUUGAUUGAAAGGUCAUUCGUUAAAAGUAACUAGAGGCGCCUGAUGAGUCCCUGUGAAAUUGUGAUAUUAAUAAAAUGUUUGUUUUAAAUUAUAUUUUUUAUUCACUUCCCAUAUUGAUUAUUACAUACAAAAAAUAUAUAUAAAUCAAUAAUAAAAUGUCUAAAUUAUUAUUAAUUAUUGCUGCCGAUAUUGUUAUAUGUUUCGAUCUUAAUCUAAUCGAAAUAGUAAUAAUAACUCAACUUCGUUAAAAAUACGUUUACAGAAUCAUUAGAAAAACCUAUUUUGCAUGAUUGAUUUCAUAGAAUUUUAGAGUUUAAUUUAUCACGAAAUAGAUUCAAUAAAUAGAAAUAUUGCGUUAUGAUAAAAAAAAGUUACAUUUAACUAAUGAAUAACGAGAACAGUGCAAUAUACAUGAUGGCAUAAAUCGAUAUAAGAUAAUAAUUAAUGCAAACAGGUUUAAAGUAGUAAUUCUAUACUGAAGCAGCAAAAAAAUAAUGAAAAUUACGUGACACUAAUUUGUUAGAGCAAUAA